GAUCUGAUCGAAAGGUAAUUUUUUAAUUGAUGCAAAUCAACGCUCUUGAGUGAUUAUCUAGGUUCGGAAGUGUGCACACGUAUUUGCCGCGCACCCGACGCUUCAGUUUUCAAGGAUUACGCGUGUCCAGACCUCCCGUCGUUUAUAAAUUCUCCGCUUGGUCCCCGAAAUCGAAACAUUUAAAAACACAAAAUGACUGAGGCUGAGUACGAUAAGGAGCAAUUGAGAAUUCUUCGCAAUGCAUUCAAAGCCUUCGACCAUGAUGGCGUCGGCACCAUCGAGCACUCCGACGUGUCUGCCAUACUUGAAAUCCUGGGCCAGAAACUGGAGCCGCCGGCAGUGAAGGCGCUCAUCAAGGAGGUCGACAAAGGCAACAGCGGAAAAUUAGAUUUCAGCCAAUUCUGCAAGCUGGCGGCCCGUUUUAUAGAGGUGGAGGAGGAUGUGGCCGCGCUACAGAGCGAGCUGAAGGAGGCGUUCCGUGUCUACGACAAGGAGGGUAAGGGCUACCUAACCGUGGCCACUCUGCGCGGCAUUCUCCACGAACUAGACGACAAAAUCUCAAAUCAGGAUCUGGACCUGAUUAUUGAGGAAAUUGAUGCCGACGGCUCGGGCACAGUUGAUUUUGAUGAGUUCAUGCAAGUGAUGACAGGUUAAGCUUUAACUGAGACUUCCGUAGUACAAAUCAUGGGUAUUGGCCGGCAACUGUGCAAAGUUAACAAAACAUUUUUCUACUCAUCCCAACAGCAGCAACAUCAAUACUUGUUUGUUUGUUAAAAUACGUUAACUUGGCAGAAUAAUUCUAUACCAAUUUGUUUUUCCAACGCAAGCUAUUAUGCAUAAGCAACACAGACUAUAUAACAAAUAAUAAAAAAAUCUAAAACAAG